AUGCUCAGUGACUUGGGGCCCGAGCUUUUUCGGUCCCGGCCACAGUCCUUGCGCACGCUCUACACGGCAGUCCUGGCGGUUGCUAUCUACAAUUGCCUGGAGCUCGUCCUGCUCAUCUUCAUGACUUUUAGCAAGUAUGAAGGCCUCUACUUCUGGAGUCUCCUUCUGGCCACGGUUCCCGGAGUGUUGACGGACGCGGUGUUCCUGCUGAUGUAUUACUAUAUGCAACUGCCGGCUGCCAUCGCCUUCGCCUUUGCGAGCAUUGGCUGGUGUUUCAUGAUAACCGGGCAGGCUCUGGUCCUCUAUUCUCGACUCCACAUGGUCCUACAUAGCCGGCUGGGGCUUCGGCUUGUGCUGGCGAUGAUAAUAUUCAGCGCCAUCUUCCUCCAUAUUCCCGAUGUCGUCACCGGGUUCGGGGCAAUCGUCAACAAUCCAGCUCGACACGAGUUCAUCCGGGCUUUCCACAUUAUGGAGAAGAUCCAAUUGACCGGGUUCUCGGUGCAGCAGUUUAUACUAUCGGGUCUGUACCUGUAUCUCGCUACCAACCUGCUCUCAUUCGUAUCCGCGAAGGCUCGUCGAAAGGAGCUACAUCGGCUUAUCGCAAUGAACGUUGCUAUCAUUGUCAUGGACGUUACCCUCGUCGUGUUUGUCUAUUUGAACUGGUGGGUGGCCCACGAGUCGCUCAAGCCGUUCGUCUACAGCAUCAAGUUGAAGCUCGAGUUCGCAGUUCUGCGUACAUUGGUUUCCAUGUCAAAGUCGGCUUCCACUAACUUGCCGGACUUCGUGGAUCCCGAUAGAAUCCAGGGGGAUGUGAGGUAUGCGCCGUCAAUACCAAUGUCACGGGUACAAAGGCAUCGACAACAGCAUCUGACAGAUUCAAUGAUAUCGGAGGAGAUUGGGUGGGACCAGACCAGUACAGCGCAUACAACUAGUUCUACUUCGGAGCGUUUUAUUGCCCCUGAACGGGCCGAGGACGAGACUCCUCUCCAAUCCAACAAUAUGUACGUUUUCAAUAAGCGAUCGAAAACAUACCCGUGA